CGUCCAAAUACAAUUUCGGUGUCUCAGCUCGCGAUUUACUGCUACAAACUGGUGAAAACUAGCUGUCAUACUCAGCAAGUUCACAUAUACAAGUGCAGAAAUAAUAACUUGACAACUGCCGUGCGAAACUCUAACAGUCUAACAUUGCUAUAGGUCUCAGAGUCGCAGAUAGAAAAGUUAAUGUGAGGUGGAUAUAAAAGUUUCCUAAUUUGUCUUUUUGGAAUUUUUGUGAACUGUCAGCUUCUGUUGCAGAUACUUCAGAUUCCUUUGGAUAAGGAAGCAAUGUACAGAUGUACUGGGAGAGCAGACUUUUCAUAAAGUAUGAAGAUUAUGGAGGAGCUCUAGUGGAAUCAAAUAUUAUGGGCGAGGUGGAGCAAGUUGAAUUUCUCAACAGAAAUGUGACAGAUUAUAUCGGCUCGAACCAAUUUAUCCCGAAGCGAGACCCUCUCUACAUUGUGAUACCGUUAACAGUUCUCUACUCGCUCAUACUGCUGACUGGCAUCGUUGGAAAUGUGGUGACAUGUGUAGUGAUAUCCCGCAACAGACAUAUGCACACCGCCACCAACUAUUAUCUCUUCAGUUUAGCUGUCUCUGAUCUCUUGCAACUCGUCUCUGGACUCCCUCAAGAAAUAUACUACGUGUGGUCCAGGUAUCCGUACAUAUUCGGAGAGGCGUUCUGCGUGCUUCGAGGCCUGGCUGCCGAGACGUCGGCCAACGCGACUGUGCUCACAAUCACCGCGUUCACCGUCGAACGCUAUCUGGCCAUCUGCCAUCCAUUCCUGGCUCAGACCAUGUCCAGACUCUCCAGGGCAAUCAGGCUGAUCCUCAUCAUUUGGUGUGUUGCUCUGGCCUUUGCUGUUCCACAGGCUCUUCAAGUGGGAAUAGUGAAUGAAGAGGUGCCUGAUGGAGCAAUGUGCGCUUUGAAGCCUUACUCAAAAAAGGACACAUUUUACCUGCUGACCAUAUUCUGGGAGCAUUCGUUUGCUCUGUCUACUAUUCUAUUUUUUCUUGUUCCGAUGACCAUAAUCACCGUACUCUACGCACUGAUUGGACUGAGACUGAGAAAAUCGGCGCUGUUGAAAAAGUCGUCCGGAUCUUUCAGCAAUAAUUACAACCGGAAACCAACUUGCAGGCAGCAGUCGUCGCAGAGGGUGCUCAAAAUGCUGGUCGCAGUGGUGGUGGCAUUCUUUAUCUGCUGGGCGCCCUUCCAUGCGCAGAGACUACUGGGCACCUACCUGACAGGCCCGGCCGGGUCACACUCCAGCACGGCGCAAAUCAUCUACGUGGUCGUCACCUACCUGUCAGGCAUUCUCUACUACAUGUCCACCACCGUCAACCCCAUCCUCUAUCACAUCAUGUCACUCAAGUUCAGGGAGGCCUUCAAGGUGACGCUGGCAUCCUGUUGCUGUGCCAAGGACAGCCGCUCGUACGUGGUGUUGUCGCGACGCCAGUACCUGCUGGGUGGGACUGACGGCCAUCGGCAGGCGAUCCUCGACUCGGUCACCGACUCAGCUAACAGCUGUGUGCGUUGCACAGACGACGCCGUCGCAAAGACCCCCCAGACCAGCUGUCUGCUCAACGACACCGUCGCAAAGACCCCUCCCGACGCCGAGCUGCUGAGGUCUGCACCAGCGCCUCCGCCGCGACGCCUCUCCUGGAUGCCCUCCUGCAUCGCAGCCGCCCCGCCGCAGCGUCGCGACGACAACCAGCUCGGCGUCAUCACUCGCCGCACCAGUGACAUCAGCAACAGCAGCCUCAAGGACGUCGACCGCGCCGCUCUCCAGGAUGAGCUCUCCUCCUACAUGAAUGAGAUCGCUCGCCGUCAGCUCGCCUUCGCCGCCACCACGUGAUCUGCCGUCAUCUUGCGUGAGACCACUCUCUAGAGGAGUUGCUGAUCAAGACUAACAUAAUAUUCCAGUGUUUCUUCGCUGCUACUAUUUACCUUCGCGGCUCCACUAUGUCUUCCCAUGUGGGGAUUCCUUGUCAAAAGUUGAACUUGUGGGCCUAUGAUCAGUUCCAUCAUAGAGAUUUAUUCUGAGAGUGAUAUUUUUCAAACAAUGAAUCAUUAUUAUUUUGUUAGCUUGAUGUGAAUUGAACUACAAAAUGGUUUGUGAAAUAAGCUAGGCCUACUUCUAUAUUAUGAAAUGAACUGAAUGUAUAAAAUUAAUUUACCAAAUAAUAUCUAUUUCAUUUUGAGAGUUAUACACAAUUCGAUGCUGUUCGCUGAUUUACUUUCAGCUCAUUCAGUUAUAUUUUCUUGGAUUUACUGAAAAUAAUUCGCUGAUUUAUUUUCAGUUAUAUAUAUUUUCUUGGUUUUACUGAGAAGAAUUCUUCAAUAAACUGUGACUAUGAUGAACAAAGCCAUCGAAUUCAAUCAACAAUGGAUGCUACAAAAUACAAUACACAAAUCGAAUUUGUAUAGAAUAUUGUAAAUAAAUUGAUUUUCAUAAUUUUCAAGAUUGAAUGUAUUAAAUAGGAUAAGUUUUUAUCUUAAAGGCAUGCAUCAUGCACUUGAUAUGAGCUUCUAUGUGUAUGUUUUAUAAUAUUUAUGAUCAAAUGUUUCUAGAUCGAAUACUACAAUCCGAUAAUAGUUGAAAAAAUGUAUAUAUAAUACUUGAGUGACUUGACUGGAGCUUCACCUCCGCUGUAACUCAUUGAAAUUUCUUGUAAGUCUUUAUGGUAUCUAAUCAUUUGAGACAAGAUAAUUAGGGUACUCUAACAAUGCAUGUCAAAAAUUUUUGUAAUUUAUACAAUUUCAAAUCACUUGGUGUUACAUGUUGCAUUUUUGUGACAAUGAGGUAUUAUGUACUUACAGUGUAAAUUAAACGUUGGAAACAAUCAAUUUGAGCAGAAUAAAACUUUUCAAUUUUUAUUUGGAUCUUCAUUCAAAUCACUGGUCUACUAGUAGGAUAUAAUUAUUGAUUUAUUAUAGAAUAUGAAGUUUUAAAUGGAUGAAACAACGACUAGAAGUAUCAAUGUGCUUUAAGCUUUAAUACCCUUAGUCUCGGCACUCUUCAUUCCUACAAUAGGUUCUGAUAGAAAUAUUUAUGAUCAAAGUGUUAGCUCAUAAAUGUUUAUUUGUAUGGAUGUGAUAUUUUGAUUAGCUACUAUAAAAAAUAUUCAAUUUUGAUUCUUGAGCUGUUUCCUGGUUGCGUUAAAAAUGUAUUCUUCUAUUAACAGGGUUGAAUUUUAUAUAAUUACAGUAAUGUGUGUAGUGAUGAGAAUGAUUAAAAUAUAGGGAGCAUUUCAUAGGAUAGCUUUCAUUAUCAUACAAACUUCUACAUAAAAUUUAUUCUUGACCAAUCCUUUGCAUCAAUGUGUAGGUAUGAUAAAAAAAUUUGUUGUUAUUCGAAUGGGUCUAGUCAUGUUCAUUGCCCUCUAUUUGUAUAAUCUAGCUUAUUGGUGUUCUUAUCUCGAUAUGUCUCAAUAUUUAAUUUUUCAUAUUCUAAGAAAAUAAUAUCAUUAUUACAAUUAAACCCGCUCAGUAAACUCAUCUCUCUCGACUGAAACAAAUAUUUUAGUGAUGAUAUUCCGGAUUAUGUAUGAGAAUAGAUAAUAGGGACAGUUAAUGCAUGAAGAGUUUAAAUAUUUAUUCACUUGUUAAUAACUGUUCUUAACUAACAUUUAUUUUUAUAUUCGUGAUGAUUGUAUCAAAUGACUACUUCUAUGUGCAACUUAUUAUAUGUUUUUAA